GACAUGACUGCUCUAUUGUAAUAUUUGUAAAUGAGUAUAUUGUGAAAAAUACAAAUUCAUUUUGAUAUUUUUCAAUAACUACAAAUGGCUAUCAAACCGAACUCUAUGUUUAUCUUCAAUAACAUAGCACGUUUAAUUUAUAAAAUUGUUUAGUGAUGACAAAAUGUAAUUUGUUGGCGAAAUUUCGACGGAUUAUUAAAAGAAUCGUAUGCUUGAAAACCUGAGAAAAAGUGUUUUCAAAAUGCGGUGCUGCGUACCAUCCUGUAAAAACGAUUCUAGACAUAUUUCUAAGUCUCAAGGAAUAACAUUUCAUGUCUUUCCAACGGAACCUGUUCUUCGUGCCUCGUGGCUGAGAGCCGUGGGAAAGGACACAUGGUCUCCGAGAGAGAGGAGCGCUGUGUGCUCGGAACACUUCUUGUGUGAUGAUCUCUAUGAAACUAAGAGUGGAUUGAGGAAAGUGAGGACUGGAGCUGUACCGAUUGUGAUGCAAGUUACAUCUAACUGUGAAUUCGGUGAAUCGGCUAGUUCGAAAAUAUGCAGAAUAUGCCUCGGUAUGGAAAUGAAGCUGUAUCCUAUGACGAUAUACAAAUUGGACAAAGCAUAUGAAAAUCUGACUGGAGUUAUGAUAUCCGGAGACGAGCUACCGCAGAAAUUGUGCGCGGAAUGCGCGAAGAGAUUAUUGAAUUGUGAUAAAUUGAGAUCAAAAAGUUUAAGAGCGAACUUGUUGCUCUUGGAGUUAGUUAAGAAACAGGAGAUUCUAACCAUACAUAAUAUAAAUACAAUAAACCGCGAGGAAAGCCAGUUUAAAUCCGACCUUAUAAAGAAAACAUUCGACCCCGACCACUGCGAUCUUUAUAUAGAAUAUUCAGAAAAUCAAGACGAACAGUACAAAAAUCCAAUACAGGAAACGGAAACGGAAAAUUUGGACGUGAAGAGCGAGAAAGAUGACGAUAUAUACAUGAACGAAAUAUUUACUGAGGCCAGAGAUGAGAUUAAUAUAAACGCUGCAGACGACGGUGAAACGAAUUUCGUAGCGACGAACUACUCGACGGACGACAGUCUACCGCUCGAGACGCAAAGGAAAAAAGUUAAAAAGAUAAAAACGAAAGAGAAGAAAUUAAGGAAAAAGAUUAAAGAUAAAGCCGAACCGAAGAUAGAUAGACGAAGGAAACCCUUUCUGAACGAUGACCUGAACGAAACGCUGUUCACGAUAACCGAUCUCACUUUCGAGGAGCAAGUCGCUGAAAUACAUAAGAGGCAAGAGUCGUCUAAUUAUAAGAAUUCAAUGUAUAAGUGUACGGAGUGUUUUAAAGGUUUUUUGGACGAAACCGCGUACAACGGACACAUGACGAGGCAUACGAAUCAAUGCGGCGAGUUCGAGUGUGACAUUUGUAAAACUCACUUCAAACACCCACACGCGCUGAGGAAGCACAUCACAGCGCACCACACGCAGCGUUUCAGUUGUAACCAGUGUCCGUAUGUAACGACGCACCGGCAGACAGCUAGACUGCACGAGAGAUGGCACAAGGGCACGAAGUAUCAAUGUCCACACUGUCAGGAUGAAUUCGUUAAAUUCACGACGUACAUGGGUCACAUACGGAUAAAACACCCGUCGGACUUUGUGUGCGCGCUGUGCGGGUAUUCCUUCGUCAGCGAGAAAGGUAUCGAACUGCACAAGAAACUCAAGCAUCGCCUCGAUGAUGGCCAGAUACCCGAAGACGGUCCGCUGUGUGACAUGUGCAACGUAAGAUUUGUGUCGCAGGAAGCGUACAGAAGGCACCUGCACGUCUCCGCCCGGCACAACACGAGCGAUUCCGAUUCGAAAGAAUCGAACAAGCCGCGAAAGGGCAGAUCUCGUAUCGUCAGAGAGAAGAAGAGGUGUAUAGACGAGAGAGAUGAUGAAGACGAAAAGAAAAGAGUUUAUCCGAGUCAGAUGAGGAAGGCAGAGGGUCCGAUACCCUGUGAACAGUGCGGUCUCCAAUUAGAAGAUUCCAGAGCGUACCACGGACAUUUCAGACGUAUGCAUCCGGACAAGAACCGAACGAAGUACCCGUCAAUGAAGUCGCCCUGUAUGUGCGAGGUGUGCGGGAGGAUGUUCCAAAGCUACGCGCUGCUGAAGGACCACCGCUGGGUGCACACGGGCGAGCGGCCGUUCGCGUGCGAGUCGUGCGGGAAGGCGUUCCGCAUGCGGCAGCGACUCGUGGCGCACAGGAGGGUGCACGCGCCGCGACGGGCCGCCUUCGUGUGCGCGCUGUGCGGGAAGAGCUUCAGCACGCACAGCAACCGCCAGCGGCACAUGUUCAUCCACACCGGCCUGAAGCCGUUCAAGUGUGAAAUGUGCGGGAAGUGCUUCAAGCACGCGAGCGAGAAGCGCGCGCACAUCACGUACGUGCACCUGAAGAAGCCCUGGCCGAAGCGAGCGCGGGGGAAGCGGCGAGCGGACAGACCAGGACAGAUGGGUCAAAGUUCGCUGCCGGCGGGAGUGAGCGAAAUGGAUAUAGCUCAGCCUAUGUGGCCCAAUUGUGACCCCAAAAUGGGUGACAUGAACAAUAUCAUAGACGAUAAACCCAUAUAUUAUAAUUUGAAAAUAUAAUUUAUAGCUUGGUUAAUAGUCACCCGGUGCGGCUGAAAAUGGAUGGGUGAUCGUUUUUUUUAAAUGAUUCCCCAGCGUGAUUUUUUUUUUAAAUAAUCACAAUUUUAUAUUUUUUUUUUUUUACAAAAAAAAAAACAUUUUAUUGUAAUGGAACAAAUUUUUUUUACAUGACAUACAGAAUCUCAUUUUUUGAUGAGUAAUUUAUUAUUUUUAAUUUUGAAAGUCAUUUUAA